ACUCUCGGCAGAGGCGCGCCCCCGGAGGCCCGGAGUCCGGACCGCCGACGACGACGUCGGAGUGCGCAGGAGUGCGCGACAACCUGCACCCCGUGUGAUGUGACGCGCGAGGAAGUUUGGACGAGCCCGUCUUCUUGGAAGCGGGGCGCAGAACGGACUCGCGCGGCUCCAGGGCCGCGAUCCCCUUCCCCCGCUCUAUCCCCGGCGAGGAAACGAGCAAACGACGGACGAGUGGGGCCCAGCGCGCAGUAUGGAAAUAAUCUGUCGUACGGCGGGACGUAGUGGUGCUCCGAUCCGCGGUGGAGUCCACGAGGGAGCGACGACGACGGCCGUCAGGUCGUCCGCCGCGCGACGUACACGAUGAUAUAGCCCUCGCCGGUGAUUCCGCGUUGCGAAGAAAACAAAAGAGGAGAGAGAGAAAGAGAGAGAGAAGAGUGACCAGAGCAAGCAUUCGUCAUGUUCCACUACCUGCAUUUCAGGAGUCGUUUUCUGCAGACCCUGAUCCUCGCGCUGAUCGGCCUGACCUUCUACGCGUAUUACCGUACCACCGUGUAUGAUGUUCGCCAGUACAGCUUGCCACGAAACACCAGUUACUCCAUAUACCAGGAUGGCCUUCAUGCGCACGUGAAUCUCAGCCAGUCGAGAAACUCCAGUUCGGAUGGCCUGUCUCUGAACCCGUACGCAGCGCACAACGCUAGUAAUAAUUCUUUGAUUUUCAUCACCACGCUGUCAACGUCCUCCAGCGCGCAGUCCCUGUCCUCGUCGUCUUCCGUGAGCACGUUGGUCAGUUCGAAGCAGAGCACGAACGAGAAGCUUCAGACGGCGAGAGUUAUCAACGUGACCAAGUCGGCGCCGAUCGUGGUUCGCAGCGAUUCGGCGCGUGCCAUAUACGAGGCCGGGCACACCGUGUCGAUCCCCGAACGGUGCCCGAACCUCGGCAAGAACAUGGAUUUAGUGGUGAUCGUCAUGUCGGCGCCGACCCAUCUCGAGGCGCGAACGGCAAUCCGGCAGACUUGGGGACACUUUGGCCAGCGCAGCGACAUGAGCGUGCUCUUCAUGCUCGGCACCACCCUCGAUCCAAGAGUGGAGACGAUCCUGCGUAAGGAACAGAACAUGUACAACGAUAUAAUACGCGGCCGCUUCCUCGACUCGUACUCGAAUCUCACGCUCAAGACCAUCUCGACGUUGGAGUGGGUGGACACCUACUGCCCCAAGGUAAAAUAUCUGCUCAAGACCGACGACGACAUGUUCAUCAACGUGCCGCGACUGCUGGCGUUCGUUUACAAGCACGCGAAGGAUCGUAACGUGAUAUUUGGCCGACUGGCCAGAAAGUGGAAGCCAAUCCGGAAUCGCAAGAGCAAGUACUACGUGUCGCAAGCGCAAUUCCAGCAGACCAUAUUCCCGGACUUCACUACCGGACCGGCGUACUUGCUGUCGAGCGACACGGUGCGCCGUUUGUACGACGCCGCCCUGGACCAGACCUAUCUGAAGCUCGAGGACGUAUUCACCACGGGCAUCGUCGCGCACCGGCUCGGCAUCCGACGCUCGCACGCCAACGAGUUCCUGAACAAACGGAUACAGUACACCGCCUGCAACAUCCAGCGCGGCAUCAGCAUCCACAUGGUCAAGUACAGCGAGCAGUUCGAUCUCUGGAAGAAGCUGCUCGACGGUAAGAGUAAGUGUAAGAGAUAACCAGCGAGGCUGAAAGCGACGAAGGUCCUACGCUUGACCCUGGCGAACCAAGUGGUGCGAUCGUUACCGCCUUAAUGCGAUUCGAGUGCCGGUUAAACGCGUACCGGCUGACGCGGUACCAACGAACCAGCCGUCGUUUUACUGACGACCUCGCGCGCGCACACACACAUACACACACACACACACACGUACACAGCCGCGCAUACAUCAUUCUGUUCAAGUGCGAGUGAGUGGCGCACGCAGGAGAAUACAGCGAGAGAUUGCGUGCCGCGAAACGGCAUAGAGAUAUCUCGCCGCUUAAAUUUUUACACGAUGCACCCAAUCGUGUCCACCAGUCAGGCUUUCCUAACAGAGGUCGAACGCAAGUGAUAACUUUUCAUCCUGGAGGGAUCCCCGGACGCUGGAAGACAGAAUCUACUCUAUUUUGUAUCUUUUAUAUCUUUCUCUGAAUUCCAAAGAAAUAUUUUUAUUAUCGUAGAAUUAGUUUUGUAAAAUAUUAUUCCCUGUAAUACGUAUAGAAAUUUUAUUUUCUCGAGAAGGGAGAGAGGUGUCUCCUGCGCGUAAGGUAGUCACAAGUGGUUCUAUGAUGGUUCUAUAUGAUGGUCUCGACCUCUGGCUUUUCUUUUCAUGUCCCGGUGCUAAACUGUUCUACAAUAGAUUACGAUCGCUCGCGUUUUCGUCGCACGUUUCCCAGCGAAUAAACGUAUCUAAUUUUUCUGUAUUUUCGGCAGCAUUCCCUCACUUAUUGUUAGAACCGAACGAAAUCGGACAACGCCGCAUCCGGCAUUGAAAGAAUGCGGGACAAUAUUUUUACAACGUAACGUAGGAGGACUACCGUUCACGUGGUUCCCAAGGGGUUCCUUUGUGUAAUCGGCGGUCUCCGCGUGCGAUUAUACGCGUACUCAUCGACGACAUCCGAUCCACGGUAUAAAUCAGGUCAAAGUAGAUAUCUAACAGGAUGUAUCGGAUAUCACGUACUUUCUCCCAAUUAAGAGGAGAAUCUGAGAACGAUUUUUCUUUUUGACGUUUCAUUAGGAAUUUAACAUCCAAGUAUAUCUUCUAAUGAAUGAAUUACGUUUCAGUGUCAUCCGAAGGAUUUCGUAAUCGCUAAUCUUAUCCGUUAUCGCGCUCCACCGUCUGUUUCAAUUAGCCCCGCUCGCGACAAAGUACGGAUAGAUAUCUCGCUGGUGAAACGUGCUCGCGGAAACGCGUGGUUUACGUUAAUUAUAAUCCCGUUGGCGCGCCGCCGAGAGGGAUAGGUAUCCCGUCGCCGAUUAUUGCGCGUCGCGCGUUAUUGCGCCAAUCGAGAGCGCGCGGCCGCGCGUCCGAGAUGCGAAAUAAAUGUGUCACGAUGAAUGGAGAGUGCCCCCGGAGCGACUUCCCUCCACCUCGUUCCUCUCACGUUCCCCCUUCCCCUCCCCCUCCGAAUAUUAUCUAGUCAUCGUCUGGAUAAUAUGCCGCGCGAUAACGCGGGCGGGCACUGGCGCGCCCGAGAUUCGAGAUAUCGGCCUCUCCUCGCGCGCACAUUCGGCGAGGCGCGUUUCUCGUUAUCGCCUCUUUUUUUUCGUAUCCUGCGGAAGUAUCGUACUAUACUUCCGUUCUCCGGUGCCAUACGUCCGAGGCACGAUUACGAGAGAUUUUCGGGCCCCGUGGCGCGAUGAAAUAUAAAAGAAGAAAGAAAGGAAGCGCGACGCCGGAGGCGGCCGGUCGAGUCGACCGAGAUUCCCGGAUGGACGGGAUAAAGAGAUUAUUUUCUGAUAAGAUCCUCGGUCGUUGAGUCCUUAACGAGUCUCCUACGAAUAUUAUAUGAAUACGAUCUGAUUUUUUUAAAUUAUUGUUAAGUAUAAAUUUACUGCUCUCUAUAUUUUUAAUAUUUUUUUUAUUAAUGCUUCUGUUAGUGAUUUUUUUAAUUAGUGUUUUGGAGAACCGUUGCGUCAUUCGUAAUCUCGCUGUCCCGUCCACGCCGAUACCGCUCACACUAAUUAAUUGUAGUUUUAUAUUUUAUUGCGUCUGGGGACUUACACGUGUUGUGUUCCUAGCGCGCUGCGUUUAAAAAAAAAUACGUAUUAUAUUUUAUCGUAUACGUAUGUAUUAUGUAUGUAUGUAUGUGUGUAUGUAUUAUUUUAUUUUAGCGUAUUAUUAUUGUCGUCUUUGUUUUACGCUGCUCCUUAGCUUUUCUAACGUCUUUCGCGCUCUUCGAGGAAUCGAAAUUACCCCGGUAACAUUCUAACGAAAUAGUUCGUGAAAUUAACGCUGAUUUUUUAAAGAGAUCAAGAAACACAGUAGUGUCUUACACCAAAUGUGGGACGCGCAGUGGGACACAGACCGUGUAUUUGUACGCGAACCGUCGAGUAUAGAGACGCUCAGAUUAUAAUGUCUCAAUAAUUACUAAACCGAUCGAGUUCUGGGUAGGUUUAAUCGAUAGCUUGGGUUUGUACAGUAUCACUUUGCGAGACAGAUCGGAUUCGCAUUUGUUCAUUUCCCUAAGGACGAGAGGGAACGUCGCGUUCCCUCGAUCGCGCCACGAUUUUUCUCUCUCAGAAUUCUAAAAGUCGAAAUCGAUUCCGAUGUCGUUGGACAAGCGAAGGAGCAGCUGUACGUCGUCGGUUUCUCUCGGAGAAACGCCGUGAGAAAAAUCGCGCGCGUAUCGUCGCGAUUUAAUGAGCCCCGAAGAUCAGGCCAAGGCUCCGCGCCGCGCUCGUCGGCGCGCGGCGUAAUACUCCAAUUGUGUCCUUGGCAUGAUUCUUCGCCGACAUGUUGAGGUGCGUGCGGGGCGAAGGGAGACUCUUUUUUACCGCACAACAAAAUCGUAAUUAUAAUUUACGUUCAGGUCUGAAGAAGACCGUCGCGCCGUCCCCGAUCGUGAGGCAGGAUUCUCCGCACGGAGGGAAAAAUACAAAGAGACUCCGACACCCGAUGAGAUAAGACGAUGCCUGACGCGAUCGGGGAUCGCGUGCCUCCUAGUCCGUUCGCCGGGAGGAGACAAAUGACGUUUGCACAGGAUCGACCUUGCGAGCGACGCAAAAAAUGACGGAACAAAGAUGAUUAGACCGUGUGAGUCAUAAGUCGUCGCGCCGAAGAAGAUGACUUCACUCACGCGGGAUGCACAUGCUCGUUUAGAGAAAGCGCGGAGACGUCGGAAUUAAGUGGUCUUGCACGUUGCACGAUCUGCAGACAGAUUCUCGCUGAAACUACGCGGAGAGUAACGACGAGCGAGCUGGGGCCUGGGGCUCCGCAUCGUCGCGGGAUGAGCCCGCAUCUCGACGUUCUCCAAACCCAAAGUUCGUAUUAGGAACCUUGGUUACAGUUCCGGCACCGUAGUAUACGUACUUACAUACUCUAGAUUGUACGCAGUAUUGUAUACGCGCACGCAUACACACGCGUUCUCUCGAUAGGCACGUCGCACGAUCAUCAUUCGUAGAUACCAAUUGUAAUUGCACGGAUAACAGUUGUAAUUGCGUAUCCGGAAAUAACAAUUGUCGCGCACUCGUAAGGGCCAAAGCACAUAACAUGGCGUAGCGAUAUACGACGGUCGUAGUCCUCGACCUGACAGAUCAGGAUACGCCAA